UUAAUAGUACUAGUUUUUUUCAAGACACUAUAGAAGAAAAACAUACCUUAUUCUUUUUUCUUAUUUUGGAUUAAUUUAAAGAGAUUUUUCUGAUCCUGUUGAUCUCCAUGUUCGAGAUAGUGCCUUGCCAAAAUAUAUAAGAAAGAGUUCUUAUUAUCACACACGGCACAAAAGAUAAGAAAAGGCAGAAAUUAUAAUGGGAGUGUUGCAUCAGUAACACCAAUCACUCUCUCUAUCGAUCAAUUUUUUUUUGAUAUAAUGGCCUUGUGACAUCACAAUAAAGAGACCCUACAUUAUCAAUAGGAUAAUCCCUCAAACAUAUGGACACUAAAGAUUGGUAAGAAAAGAGAUAUCAUUAGUGUUUUUAAUAUUAAUGUGAGUGUGAUAUCGCAUAGAUACAGCACAGUGUUAAAAAAGUUUUAGCUUAUACUAUAUAUAUAGUGGCCAAAGGAUGCUAUGGUGAACCAAGCUGAGAAAGAACUUUUUAGAAACAAGAGAGGUAAAGAGAGAAAGAUAAAAAUAAGAGAGAAAGAGAUAUGAUGCAAGAGGAAAACCGAAAAGGUCCAUGGACAGAACAGGAGGACAUACUUCUGGUAAAUUUUGUUCACUUAUUUGGAGAUCGAAGAUGGGAUUUUAUAGCAAAAGUAUCAGGUUUGAACAGAACAGGAAAGAGUUGCAGGCUUAGGUGGGUUAACUACCUUCAUCCUGGUCUCAAACGUGGCAAGAUGACUCCUCAAGAAGAGCGCCUCGUCCUUGAGCUUCACGCAAAGUGGGGAAACAGGUGGUCAAAGAUAGCUCGGAAAUUGCCUGGACGAACAGAUAACGAGAUCAAGAACUACUGGAGGACUCAUAUGAGGAAGAAGGCUCAAGAAAAGAAGCGUCCUAUGUCACCAACUUCCUCAUUUUCCAACUGCAGCUCUUCAUCUAUGACCACUACCACCACCAAUACUCAAGAUACAUCGUGCCACUCGCGUAAAUCUUCAGGGAAAGUGAGCUUUUACGACACUGGAGGAUCCCGGUCCACGGGGGAUAUGAUGAUGAAUCAAGAAACUGAAGAUGUAUACUCAAUGGAUGACAUAUGGAGAGAGAUUGAUCACUCCCCGGUGAACACAAUCAAACCGGUUAAAGACAUCUACUCAGAACAUAGCCAUUGCUUAAGUUACUCAACUCUGGCUUCUCCAACAUGGGAGAGCUCAUUGGAUUCCAUAUGGAACAUGGAUGGAGAUAAGAGUAAGAUGUCGUCUUCAUUUGGAAAUGAUCAGUUUCCUUUCUGUUUCCAACACAGUAGAUCACCUUGGUCGUCAGGUUAAAAUUAAGAUUUAAUUCAUUGAGAUAAAAUCUGUUAUAUAACUUAUAAAUACAUAAUAAAUACAAUAAAACCUAAUGACUGUAAUAGUUUUGUUUGAUGAACACAAAAACAUCCCAAGUCUGGACUUUGUAAUCAUCCUAUAUGGAGUAAGUAACUAGCCUAAGUUUGUGUCUAGAUGAAUAAGAAUAAAGUCUUGUGAUCCCACUUUAUUUUUUAUCUUGUCAAUGUAUAAUACAAGUCAAUACCCUAAUUCUUAAGUUAA